UAGAUGGAGAGAGGGAGGUGUGAAGUCGCAACCAAGGGUUGUAAAGAGCUGAAGGCGUGAGAAAGGAAAAUGACAUUUCAUGCUAAAGCUGCAGUUUGGGAUCGAUGCUCGAAGUCUUAAAAGAAGCGGGACAGAAACUGAGAGGAGGGAAGACUGUAGCUGUAAUUGGAAGAUGAAGGAACAUUCAGUCAGGCUUCACGAUCUCCAGGAGAGGCACGAUGAACGAUGGUAACCAUGGAUCCUCUUCGCUGUAGCGCUUAAAACCGUGCAACAAACAGAUCAUGACAAAUCAGAAUAAAGAAAAUGAAGAGGUGAACCAUUAGCUGACUUAACCUUUCUCUGACUCCUCUGCUUGUCAGCCUUACACCUCUAGACCUGCAGGGGACGGACAGCCACUGAUAAUAAUCACCUGAUGCAACACUUUCAGGAACUCUGUCAGGAAAUACCCAGAGCGGUCUCAAACCAGAGGUGUUAACAGCUGCAGCUCAACCUAAAAGUCAGAGUACAACUACUGGAGGAGCAUGGUGGAACGCGGAGUUCAGAGCAGUGAGUUGUCGCCUGGAAGUCAAACCCCCAGGAACCAAUGAGUAGCAGUGGAUUUGGCAGCAGCUCCAGCUUGCUCCAGGGCCGACGUUUCUACUGCCGGGAAUGGGCCCUGGACAAGCUGCGGCGCUGCCUGGACAGCCGCUCCGUGCCGGGGCAACCGGCAGGGCUGCUGGUGAUGGGGGGCCCCGGCGCCGGGAAGACCGCUCUGUGCACUGAGGUGGCGUGGCCCACCUCGAAGGCUGGCCUGGCAGUCGGUCUGGCACAACGCUGCCUGGCCUCCCACUUCUGCCAGAGGGAGGACCAGAGGAGCACGGUGCUGUGGAGGUUUGUCCUUGGCCUGGUGGAGCAGCUGAGGGCCUCACCUCUCCUCUCUCCUGGGUACGAAGAGAUCCUCAACAGCCCGUCUGUAUCCGCUUCUCUGGAGCCUCUCACCUGUCAAAGAGACCCUGAUGAUACCUUCAAGAGAGCAGUGUUGGGAGCCCUGUUGGACCUUCCUCCUCCCGCCCAGACUCUGAUGGUGUUGGUGGACUCCCUGGAUGUAGGGUAUGGAGCAGGAGAAGGAAUUGGGAACAGCGGCUCCAUUGCACAGCUCCUGGCCGCCAAUCAACACCUGCUGCCCAGCUGGCUGCUGCUGGUCUGCUCUGUCCGCCGCCACAACAAGGCUGUGUCCAAGAUGUUCUCAGGUUUUCGUAGGCUCUGUCUGGAUGAUCUGCGCAAGCCCCCGCCAGUCCGUGAUGUGCAGCAGUACAUCCUGUGCCGGCUAGAUGAAGAUGCAACACUUCGCCGUCAGCUCACUCCUGACACAGCUGACAUGUUGAAUCUGCUGCAUAUUAAGAGCGGCGGCUGCUUUCUCUUCCUUGAGCGUGUGCUGGAUGGGGUGGCAGGUGCACUUGUGGGACUCCGGGAGAUCCGAGACAUCCCUGGGACUCUCAAUGGCCUCUACCUGUGGUUAUGCCAGAGACUGUUCCCCCGGGCACUCUUUGUCUAUGUCAGGCCUCUCCUCAAUGUCCUCUUGGCUGCCCCAAGGCCCCUCACGCCCCAGCAGCUGUUCACAGCAGCCUGGACACAUGACACCCCGCUCAGCCUCCAGGACUUCCAGAACAAGCUCCGAACCCUUGCACCUCUCCUGAUCGAUGGCCCUGGGGGCACCAAACUACUUUUUCAUGCCAGCUUUGCUGAGUGGCUGACGGAUGUUAAGUAUUGCACGCAGAAGUACCUCUGUAGCAGAACAGAAGGUCACAGCAUGCUUGCCAUGGCUCUGACUUUGCAGGGACCCCACCUAGACAUUGAGGACACUUGCCAGCUCGCCACACAUUUAGUUUGCUCAGGUCACCAUAAAGAUAACCCCUCAUUAUUGGCCCUGUGGAUGCUGUGGGCAGGUGUGCCUGCCCUUACUCCUAGCGGCAGUAGUGCCCUCACCACAUCCGUAAGCCAUCCUCCUGUUCUGGUCAGUCAGGAAGUCCUUCAGCUGUUAACGAGGAGUGGGCUCGUCUCUGCAGCCUGUUUUUCACAUGCAGACCCAAGGGUUGGAGUGCAUUGUACAGGGGAAGAGGGAACUAAUUUACGAGAGGCAUUUGAAAGGGAGGUGUCUGUAAAGAAGCUGCUAGGCAGCGGGGUGUCUGUAAACCAGCCUAUUUCUACAGAUGGAAAGACCUUGCUUGCCAGUGCGGCCCACGAGGGUUCUGCAAACGUAGCUGAACUUCUCCUGACACACGGAUCUGAUCCACUGGUCAGUGAUCAACAGGGUCAAACGCCACUGACUUUGGCUUCCAGGCAGGGCCAUGUCAAAGUGUUGUCUGUGCUCCUGGAAUGGACCAAAAGCCAGGAGCCAGAAACUGCAGUGCGGAUGAUGGAGCAUCUCGACAAUGAAGGCUGGACAGCACUGCGUUCUGCAGCUUGGGGAGGACACAGCGAGGCUGUCCGGCUUCUGCUAGAUGCAGGAGCAGAUGUGGAUGGAUGUGACGCUGAGGGCCGGACUGCUCUCAGAGCUGCUGCCUGGGGGGGGCAUGAGGAAAUUGUCCUGACCCUGCUGGACUAUGGGGCACAGGUUGACAAAGCUGACAGCAAGGGCCGCACGCCGCUUAUUGCUGCUGCCUAUAUGGGACAUCAUGAAGCUGUGGAGAUAUUGCUGGACCACAAUGCAGAAGUUAACUUAGCUGAUGGAGAUGGGCGCACUGCUUUGUCAGUCGCUGCCCUCUGUGUCCCUACAGCAGCAGGGGUCAAAGGUUAUGGUGAGGUAGCAAGUCUCUUGCUGGAGCGUGGAGCAGAUCCAGCACACAGAGACCAUGAUGGAAUGACACCAUUGCUUCUUGCAGCCUAUGAGGGCCAUGACGAUGUAGUUGAGCUUCUGUUAGAAGCUGGUGCUGAUGUAGAUGAGACUGCUGGCCCUAAUGGCAAUGUCCCUGCUGCAGCUGCUGUUACUCCCCUGCUGGCGGCUGCAGCAAUGGGUCACAUGAAGACGGUGUCACGGCUGCUUUUCUGGGGAGCAGCUGUGGAUGCCAUUGAUUGUGAAGGCAGGACGGCACUCUGCCUUGCAGCAGCAAGAGGCAGCGUUGAGGUUGUUCGUGCCCUGCUGGACCGUGGCCUGGACGAGAACCACAAGGAUGACCUUGGCUGGACUCCACUGCACGCUGCUGCCUGUGAAGGCCAUCGGGGUGUGUGUGCUGCUUUGACAGAGCGAGGCAGCAUGGCACGUGUUGGAGAGAUGGAUAUUGAAGGACGCACCCCUCUUAUACUGGCUGCCCAGGAAGGUCACUGGAGCACUGUCAGGCUGUUGUUGGACAGACGUUCUCCCAUUGAUCACAGGGCAUAUGAUGGCCAUUCUGCCUUGAGUGCCGCACUCCUCGAGGGCCAUGCUGAGGUUGCAGAGCUGCUUAUGAGGCGAGGGGCUGAUACUGAUGUCCGGGAUGCAGAGGGAAGGCCUCUGCUCUACCUCCUAGUGUUGGAGAACCGCCUUGAAAAGGCUACUCUCCUCAUAGAGAAGGGGGGGGUGCCCCUGGAGUCCAGAGACUCUGAGGGCCGUACAGCGCUUCAUGUGGCUUCCUGGCAGGGGUGUGUGGAGAUGGUAGACCUACUGUUAAAGCAUGGGGCAAACCCCAAUGCACAGGAUACAGAAGGGAGACCACCAAUGCAUUCAGUGGCUUGGACAGGACAUGCUGAAGUAGGACGUCAUCUCCUUGAAAGCAGUGGUGUCAAUAUAGACCUUGCUUGUCACCAGAAGGCAACAGCUCUGAGCAUCGCUGCCCAGGAGGGACAUGCAAACAUUGUUGCAAUGCUUCUGGAAAGAGGCGCAAAUCCCAAUCACAUGGAUAAAUAUGGCCGCAGUCCAGUCAAAGUGGCUGGGAAACAUGGGCACUUUAACAUUGUCAGGCUCUUGGAGAGCUAUGGAGCCAAGCCAUACGUAGGCCUGUUGCCUAACUCAAGAACUGGCUCCCCUGCAAAACCCAACAAGAUCCUCUCUUCGGGCAUCUUGGUGAGUAAUGGAGGUGAAGUCACAGCUGCUACCUCUUCCUCUUCAGUAUCUUCUCCCGGCUCCACUGCAGAACGAUUCCACUCUACGCAGAGCUCCCAAUCCUCAUCUACCUGCCACUCAUUGGCCACGGUGCAGACAGUGCCAGCCGACAGCCUCCGCUUCAUUCAGCAGAUCCAACAGCACUCACUGCCCCGCAGUCGUAGUCGUCCCUCCACCCUCCCCCCACCAGGGAGCUCAGGCAGGGGCAGCCUCCAUGGAAGCAGCCAGAGGCAUCACAAGGGCAGCCCUCCUACCACUGUUUGCAAAAUCGCUGCCAUGGUGCACAACUGCGAACUGCCUCAGAAAGGCUUGUCAUCUGGACUUGAAUAUCAUGACAAAAUGAACAGCCAAAACUCAAACCUAAUAACACCAGACAGGACUACUUAUGCUGGUGGUAAAUGGCACUCAGUCAUGACUUCCCUUGGGAUAAUGCCAGGGCAAGACAGCCCUGCAGUAGGUGCUAAAAACAGAGAAAGUCCUCCUCUGGGCUACCCAUAUAGGCUACAGAGCCAACUUCAAGGGGAAGCUUGGGAUUCUCAACCCGAGAAGAACAUUUUGUCACCUGCUUGCUACAGUUUUUCCCCAGUCCCACCUUGCAGUGCCUUGCCAGAGGAUGUAAUGAUUGCUAUGACAACCACAGACCCACAGCUUAAUCUGAAACAGGCCAUCAAACUGCAGUUUGAGGGUCCCACCAGUGCAGCCUUAUACAAGAGAGAGACACCCCUGUGAUUGCUGCUCCAGUAUGUGACUAAAGUUAGCAAUUGUUACACUUCCUUUACAAACCUUUUACUUUAAACAAUUAGUUCAUCAACAGUACAUUUAAAGAAGGUAAUUUAUCAAGCCAAAUACUCUCUGGUCUCAGCAUCGCCAAUGUGAAGAUUUGCUGCUUUUCUUUGUUUUAGGUCAUUUCAAAUUAAUAUUGUAGGAUUCAGUAAUUUUGUUAUUUUGAAAAAAUAAUUGACAGAUCAAUUAAUCUGAAAUAAUCCUAAAUUGCCGCCCCAGUGUGGGUAUUUACAGGCUAUUUUGUGGUACCAUACAUUUAAAGCAUCCACAGACAUUUAAAUUCUAAUGACAUCUUUGUUUUCGAUGGAGAUGGAUAUAUUUUUACUGAGUUCACUGAGACGUUCUGGAUUGGGAAGAGAUAGGAAGUGAUCUCUUUCUCCACCCCCUUCAGAAAACCACAGGAAGAACAAACCGAAUGACAUCAAAGCUUACAUUCCUGCCUUUCCGUUGCCUGUUGUGUGUGUGUGUGUGUUGCGCAGGGCUCUAACAGCUCUAAUAGACAUGCUUAUUCAUUUAAAGUGUACUGUAAAGCAUGACUGUUCAUUUUCAAUAGGGACCGUAUAUAACACUCCAUAUUUUGGAACACAACUGUCUAGUUGGGUUAUGUUUUAAAUUAUUAUUUUUGCAAGGAAAUAUCCCUUUUUUAAAGCAGUAAACAACCUUGUUUAAGAGCUUUAAGCUUGUGGCCUUGAUCUUCAUUGAAGCCUUUAAUAUUUACUAUAAACUGGUCCACCCCCCCCAUAGGUCCAGUGCUGACAACCAAACACAGUUUCAAGAAAAGCAAGCCUACCAAAAGCCUAACCCGGUGCGGGGUUUAUGAUACAAACUAUAAAAGACAGCCAAGUGUACUGAACCAACUUGGCUUGCUAACAGUGUGUGUCUGUGAGCAAACAGGAAGGAAAGUGAAAAUUGGACCAUAAAAACUGAGGGUGUAUGUGGGAGGGUUGUUAAUUCCAAAACUUGUGUGUGGCCCAAAGACAUUUUGAGUUCUUUUAUCAUUUUCCAUUGGAUUAAUAUUUAAUUACAUUCAUACAUUAAAGUGGCAAACUGUGCCAUAAAAAUGUCUACCUCUUUCCUGUCUGCUUAAUUCGUGAAUGUGUAUGUCAUGUUUUAUUUCAUGCACUUUACUACUGUAUGUCACAGAAACCUUCUGAUGUCGCAUCAUGCAGAGAUGAAAGUCUGUUAGUGGGCUGAUGGUCGCCACCUGGGAGUAUAAAACCAAGCACUUUUGGAUGGUUUAGAAACUGGAGAAGGGAGAGCGAUCUGCAGGCAGGCCCAAGUGUGACAUCCUCCAUUUUUGUGAUGUGUUGCAUCUGUGAAACGUUUUAGCUUUUCAGACUUUGGGAGCUACAUUUCUAUAAAAGCACAAGUGUGCUAUUUUGAUGUCAUUAUAAGCUCUUUUGUCAACAUUGGCCCUGACGAAGUCUAGUACCUGAAAAGCUUUAUUAUUUAAUACUUUCAUUGGACCGAAGACACAGAGCCCUGGCCUUCUGCACCUUAGCAUUGUGUCGGGAGUGUGACGAUCUUCUCAAAAUGACAGUUUUCAAGCUAAAAUGUAACAAUUCUUUCACCAAUUUACUUUGAAUCUACAGCACAUGGCCAGAUACUCCGCUAACCCAGCAGGUUAAAUCUCUCCUUUGUCUCCUCCAGCUUUCUAUGAUACUUAUAUUGUGUUUCAGUAUAGAGAGCCCACGCCUCUCCUCUUUAUAGCCUCUAGCUAUGCUCCUUCCUACUUGUAAUAAAAUGCAUUUACUCAGAGUGAUUCUUUCAUCAGUUGCUUGUUUCUUGGGACCUAAUUCCAAACUAAAUGUGUAUCUUCUCUGUUACUGGACAGUAACAUUUACUUUACAGUCAUAGUACUGUAACAUUGCACUACAGUGUUGUACUGACAAUUAAUUUAUUUUUUAAACAUUUUGACAAGGACUUGACAUGUUUACCCAGUACUGUAGAAGAUACCCGUUUAGCUUAGAAUACUGAUAGAAACCCCCACGGAAACCGUUUUUUCAGGAAAAUGGAUAUAAUGGAAGAAAAGCUAAACCAGACGUGUGGUGGGACUUUGGCUCUCUAUACCCAAGCAAACACAAUACAGCUGUUGUCACUGACAUGUUUCUGAUGUCAGACAGCUGCAUCUGUUCGAUAAUCUGACUUCUCAGCCGUGUCUGUGAAGACAGACAGUGAUACAUCAGGUUUUUUGGGGGUGUUAAGAAGGUUAGUUUGGAAAAUGUCAGCUUGCUGUGGCAGAACGGUCAACUAGGGCAAAAAAAAAAAAAAGUGUGCUUUGAAAUCAUACUGUAGCAGAAUUUGCUGCCACCGUGGGAUACCCUCAACACAGAUCACAGCCCAGACAGACAAUUUACAGGCAACAGUGUUUAUGCUGACCAUUUACGGAAACCCCACUUUCAAGAGCAUCUGCCAUCCAAAGGUCGAGCACACUACUGCAUAUAAAGGGAGAGUUUAAUUAGUACAAUGAUCAGCUGAGACAAUUAACUCUCACUGAUCUGUGCUGACAGCUGGGUUACAACUGCUUUAAUAAGGACAAGCUGGAAAGGUCGGCAUGAUCUUUCAACCACUCUGCCCCUCUUUAACCUCUGGUUGAAACAUCAGUCUACACACUGACUUUAACACAAGGAAAGAAGAACAAAAGCAAACUUGUUUUUGGAAAUGUGUUAGUGUAACAUUUGUGAAAAGGAUCACAUUCCCUGCUUGGUCGACAGGGUUCCAAAGGUAAACAUCUGGUUAAAAUUGGUAUUUGCUUGACACUGAGAAUCUGAAACUAUGAGCCUCUUAUCCUGUGCAAACGCACUAUGCUCUGUAAAUAAUCUGGUAAUUUUGCGUUGGUGUCUUGUGUGUAGGAGCCCAGUCAUUUCCAUAAUUCUUCCUCAACAGCUCAAGUGUUCAAUGAAUACAUUGGGCACAAUGUUAUGUUAUUAUAUAAAUGCAUUCAUCUAUAAUUUAAACAAUGCUUGCUCCAGACAAAAUUACAAAUGUAAAAUGUGUUUGGUAAGUGUAUUUACUUUGGUUUAAAGACAUCUUGUGCUGGU